CACCAUUAACGGUGAAUGCCGACCGCCGUUACAUUCACCGAAGAAGAACAGAAGCCUGAGAGGACAACAACUUGUUUCUGGAAGGAGAGACGACGGCAUGCUAGACAAGUUUUGAAAACCUACAUCGAGGGAACGUGUAUUAUUAUUUGUGAAAACCCCUCGCUUCCGAGUCAAACAGUCGAGAUGGUGUCUUAUAAGAGACUGAGUCCAGAGGAUGUCCAGUUCUCCAACGCUGCUGCUUCAGAGGAGGCUCCUGUACAGGAGAUGGAGGAGGGGAAGGACCCAGAGGAGACAGAGCGCCCCCUGCUGCCUUGGAGGCCCUCCUGUUCUGCCACCACGGCCCUCAUCUCCCUGGGCUCCCUGCUGCUCCUGGUCUGUGGCCUCUGGCUUCUGGUGACCAUCUUCUGGCUCCAAGCCCCCUCUAACAGCGUCUCCCACAGGGCCCCGCCGCCUAGGGGCUCCCCAGGGACGGGUGGGGGAGACGGGGGUAGAGCCCUACCAGAGCCGCAGGCUUGUGGAGUGGUCCCAGAGGCCUGGAGGUUUGACUGCUACCCAGAGAGAGGGGUGGUGGUGACCAGGGAGUUGUGUGAGGCGAGGAACUGUUGCUUCAUCCCUGCCUCCUCCUCCUCUGCCCCGGGGAGGAAUGGUGUUCCCUGGUGUUUCUACCCUCCUGGGUUCCCCUCCUACUCCCUGGUGUCUGUUAAGGCCACAGAGUUGGGUCAGACAGGAACACUGGUGAAGACAGUGAAGACCUACUACCCUAAAGACAUUCUGACCUUACAUCUGGAGCUCCUCUAUGAGACAGACCACAGGCUCCGAGUCAGGAUCACCGACCCGUCUGAGUCGCGGUUCGAGGUGCCAAUCGCCGUGCCCAAGGCCACAGAGAAGGCUUCUAGUCCCGCCUACUCUGUGGAGCUGUCCAAUGAGCCGUUUGGCAUCAUCGUUAAGAGAACGUCCACAGGAGCUGUGCUCCUCAACACCACGGUAGCACCUCUGUUCUACUGUGACCAGUUCCUCCAGCUGUCCAGCAGUCUGUCCAGUCAGUACAUCUAUGGGCUGGGAGAACACCGCUCCUCCUUCCUUCACGACAUCCACUGGAACACUCUCACCAUGUGGGCUAGAGACGUACCACCCACGGAGCUGACUAACCUGUACGGGGCUCAUCCCUUCUACCUGGCCAUGGAGGAGGGAGGGACGGGGACAGCACAUGGAUUCUUCCUGCUCAACAGCAACGCUAUGGACGUGGCCCUCCAGCCGGGCCCUGCCAUCACCUGGCGUACCAUUGGUGGGAUCCUGGACUUCUACGUCUUUCUGGGUCCCGAUCCGGCCUCUGUGAUUGGACAGUAUUUGGAGGUCGUAGGUUACCCCACCAUGCCAGUCUACUGGGCGUUGGGGUACCAUCUCUGUCGCUGGGGUUACGGAAGUAGCAAUGCCACCUGGAACGUCGUCAAGAACAUGAGGAAUUAUGGAAUACCUCAGGAUGUGCAGUGGAAUGAUAUAGACUACAUGGACCGUUCUCUAGACUUCACCUUUGACCCCGCGGUCUUCUCGACCCUGCCUGACAUGGUGAAAGACCUGCACAGCCACGGACAGCGCUAUGUCAUGAUGCUGGACCCAGGUAUCAGCAGUGUCCAGCCAGAAGGAGAGUACUGGCCGUAUGACGAAGGUCUGAGGAGAGGAGUCUUCAUCAACCACACAGAUGGAAGCACACUCAUCGGGAAGGUGUGGCCAGGUCUGACAGCGUUUCCUGAUUUCUCUGAUGAUGUGACCCAUGAGUGGUGGUAUGACAAUCUCAAGAGGUUCCACGACAAAGUUCCCUUCGAUGGACUCUGGAUCGACAUGAACGAGCCAUCUAGCUUCGUGGACGGGUCGACCGUUGGUUGUCCUGACACCGAGCUGGAGAACCCUCCUUACACACCUGGUAUAUUAGGAGGGUUGUUGAGGGCUAAGACUCUGUGUGCCUCUUCUGUCCAGAAGACCUCGUCUCACUACAACAUGCACAGCCUGUAUGGACUUCUAGAAGCUAAGGCCUCGGCAUGUGCCCUGAAGCGUAUGUUAGGGAAGAGAGCGUUUGUGAUCUCUCGCUCCACCUUCCCCAGUCAAGGCCAAUACUCUGGACACUGGCUAGGAGACAACAGGAGUCACUGGAAAGACAUGUACACCUCGAUAGCAGGUAUGUUAACCUUUAACCUCCUGGGUGUUCCCCUGGUGGGGGCGGAUGUCUGUGGCUUCAGUGACCAGACUGAGGAGGAGCUGUGUGUACGCUGGACUCAGCUAGGAGCCUUCUACCCUUUCACACGCAACCACAACUCUAUCGACCAGAAGCCUCAGGACCCUCCAGCGUUCAGCCCUCUAGCCCGUUCAGCCAUGAAACAGUCUCUCCUGCUACGCUACUCUCUCUUCCCUCUGCUCUACACACUGUUCCACCGUGCACACACACACGGACACACUGUCGCUCGCCCUCUGCUGUUCGAGUUCCCCAAGGAUGUGAGAACGUAUGGGAUAGACAGACAGUUCCUAUGGGGGAAGAGUUUGAUGGUGACACCAGUAUUAGAUCCAGGUGUGGACUUUGUUGUGGGCUACUUCCCUCAGGGUCUCUGGUACGACUACUACACGGGUGAUUCUAUCCGUAGUAAAGGAGAAGAGUUGAGGCUGAAGGCUCCUCUAGAGCAUAUCAACCUUCACCUGAGAGAAGGAGCUGUCAUACCUACACAGCGUCCCAACACAACGCUGUUUGUGAGCAGUGGUCAGCCGCUCCACCUCGUGUCCAGUCUGUCUGAAGACGGCUCGGCCGGAGGAGAGCUGUUCUGGGACGACGGAGAGACCAUCGACACCUUGGAGACCGACCAGUACGCUCACAUAGUGUUCACUGUGGUGAAGAACACGAUGACAUCGGAGGUGCUGCACGACCACGUUGAGGCUUCCUACAUCACCGUGGAAACAGCCUCCUUCUACGGCGUGAAGGUGGAGCCUACCAGGGUCACGGUCAACUCCCAGGAUGCUGCAUUCACCUACAGAGCCAAUCAGGUGUUGACUGUAACAGACCUAGGACUGAAUCUCAGCCAGAACUUCACCAUCAGUUGGAUCUAACAGGUUUUCCCAAAAAUGGGAAUUCUGACCUUUGGAAUGUUGUUGGUUUUCCUUCCCUGACGGUCUCUACUGCUUUACUCCCCAUGUCUGUGACCCAAAUGGCAACCUAUUCCCUAUAUGGUGUACUAUCAGGGCUCAAAAGACGCUCACUAUAGGACACACACCAUAUGUUGCUCCGGGUAGAGUUGAAUCCUAACCUGAACCAUUAGAUACUAACCUAACCACAGAUCUACGACCAGAUUACCCUCCUAAAAUCCUAACCUGAACCAUUAGAUACUAACCUAACCACUGAUCUAGGACCAGUCCUAAAACCAGUGUCUAGGACUGAGUUCCCCAACUGGCAGCCAACUGAUUUUAUUUGACCCCCCCCAAGUUUUCUGAGGAGAAUAUUUUAAAUUUUUUUAUCAAAAUAAUAUUUCAUUUUUAUUGUUAGACAUAAGAAACUGUAACACCAGUUAUUUUUAUUUUGGAAAUCUGUUCCCAAGUAUUCCCAUGCAUAAUAGAGAGACACGUGAUUGUAUACAAAUGUAGGCAAGGUUUGAAAUGAUUGUUUUAGUCAAAUUAUUAUAUCUGUUUGUUUGGGCUUGUUGCAGUGAAAUUAGUCUACAAAUGAUUUGUAAUUAUAUUCCGGCCCCAACUAUCCGCUCACGAAAAAAAUCAGCCCGUGGCUACUACUUCCUCCCUGUCUGAAUCUAGUUGAUGAUCCCUGGUCUAGGGGACUACUUCCUUCCUGUCUGAAUCUAGUUGAUGAUCCCUGGUCUAGGGGACUACUUCCUCCCUGUCUGAAUCUAGUUGAUGAUCCCUGGUCUAGGGGACUACUUCCUCCCUGUCUGAAUCUAGUUGAUGAUCCCUGGUCUAGGGGACUACUUCCUCCCUGUCUGCUGUAACUGUGCCAAAAGUAGCCUGUGUCCCAAAUACCACCCUAUCCCCUAUAUAGUGUACUACCAAUGACCAGGGCCCUUGUAUAUAGGGUAUAGGGUGCCAUUUGAGACAGGUAUAGUCUCUGUGAAGCUUUAUAGUGGUGGUGAUGACAGUAUUUAUUUUUGCUGAUUUAUGGUAUAAACAUCUAUGAAAAAUUACAUUUUAUAUAGUAUUUAAAUGAUAAAUGUCUAUAAUAAUGCACAAACUACCACCACACAGUGUAACCAGCCCAGCCAACAGUACAGCCAGACCCGGUUACCGGGAUUUACCUCCCAAAACCACUCCCUUUUCCCUGGAUUAAUAACAUUGAGACACUGAUAAAUGUUAAAUGAUAUGCCCUGUCUGAAUCUGGCUUCUAUAUGGCCUCUGCAUAAUGAAUCAGCGCUCAGGGUGGGGACAGACGGGGCCCGUCUCAGGGUGGGGACAGAUGUGUAGAUCUAUCAUCUCAUCAUGGUAGAUUUUUUUUCUUGUGACAGGUAGGCCUACACUUGCUGAGGCACAGCCAAUGCUACAGUAAUAUAAAGACUGAAUAAGUAUCAAAUUUACCCAUCUCUAUCUGGCUUUCAGGGUCACCUUGUUUUUUUAAUUGUAAAGAUUUUUAAGUUUUUUUUAAAACUGCCUGUCACUCGAAUAUCAGUGCAUGAAAUAUUCUGAAAGAUAUUUGUCAGCCUGCUAAUUAUACAAAAGGCCCUAUUAUAUUUCAAAGUUAAAAUAAAAUCCACUAGCCUAUACUAGCCGCAUGUUCUCUUGUGCUUUAUCAUGGUUUGAACGAUGUGCGUAAUUCUAGUCCGUAUAAUACAAUACAGUACAGUAAUACAGUUCACACUCAAAUAGUCUACUGGAGCUAGUUUCAUUUAUUUAGCCAACAGAGCAUAUAGCUAGCUACAUCUAUGGGCUUUUAUGUUUUUCUGUCGUGCAGUAGCCUAUAUCAUAUAUGUAUUGGAUAACGGCACAAUCUUUUGGCCUUUUUUGGUCUUGGGCUCAUUAGAUGUCUUUAAUGUAGGGCUCAUUAAAUGUCUUUAAUGUAAGGCUCAUUAAAUGUCUUUAAUGUAAGGCUCAUUAAAUGUCUUUAAUGUAAGGCUCAUUAAAUGUCUAUAAUGUAGGGCUCAUUAAAUGUCUUUAAUCUAGGGCUCAUUAAAUGUCUUUAAUCUAGGGCUCAUUAAAUGUCUUUAAUGUAGGGCUCAUUAAAUGUCUUUAAUGUAGGGCUCAUUAAAUGUCUUUAAUGUAAGGCUCAUUAAAUGUCUUUAAUGUAGGGCUCAUUAAAUGUCUUUAAUGUAGGGCUCAUUAAAUGUCUUUAAUGUAGGGCUCAUUAAAUGUCUUUAAUGUAGGGCUCAUUAAAUGUCUUUAAUGUAGGGCUCAUUAAAUGUCUUUAAUGUAGGGCUCAUUGGCUCAUUAAAUGUCUUUAAUGUAGGGCUCAUUAAAUGUCUUUAAUGUAGGGCUCAUUAAAUGUCUUUAAUGUAGGGCUCAUCGGGCUCCGGUAGCAUCAGGCUUGAAUAUUUUUUUUUAUCAAAGCUCUAAUCAAAUCCAGACAGGUCUGUUUAUAUGCUUUAUAAUGCUUUUGAAUGACCGUUCUGGUUUGGACUGGAAUUACUGGUUUAGCCGGAAGGAAAGUGAUUUAUUCCCAGGAUGGAACAUUUGUAAAAUACUAUGAAAAUAUUAAAACGUAAGCCAGACGCCAGCAUUAGUUUGAAAGGCCUCCUGUGUAUUUUACUGGUUAGUAAAAUAUGAAGUCUAGUAGUUCUGCCACUGGUCAUUACUACAGUAAAGAGCCAACUUUUAUUUGCUGUUUUCAUUUCUCAGAGGAAAGGUGAAUAUGUGCAAUAAAAAGGAGAGGAACUUUUCUUUCCCUCAGAACAAGACUAGAAUGGGGUGAAAUGGAUCUUAGUGUAUUUGGGGAGUUUCAUGAUAAUAAUCAGUGAUUGUUGUUAUUGAUCCUGAUAUGUACAUAUUGUUGUUGACAAGCUUGUUUGCACUGAAUCAGGACAUAUUGAAGGUACAGAGAAGUGCCUUACGAAUGAUCAAACUGUGUCUCUUCUAUAACAGCUCUGUUUUAACUCUAUUCUAGAAUUCUAGUUUCAGAACACCUCUAGAACAGCUCAGUUUUAACUCUGUUCUAGAAUUCUAGUUUCAGAACACCUCUAGAACAGCUCUGUUUUAACUCUGUUCUAGUUUCAGAACACCUCUAGAACAGCUCAGUUUUAACGCUGUUCUAGAAUUCUAGUUUCAGAACACCUCUAGAACAGCUCUGUUUUAAUUCUGUUCUAGUUUCAGAGCACCUCUAGAACAGCUCUGUUUUAACUCUGUUCUAGUUUCAGAACACCUCUAGAACAGCUCAGUUUUAAUUCUGUUCUAGUUUCAGAACACCUCUAGAACAGCUCAGUUUUAACUCUGUUCUAGUUUCAGAACACCUCUAGAACAGCUCUGUUUUAACUCUGUUCUAGUUUCAGAACACCUCUAGAACAGCUCUGUUUUAACUCUGUUCUAGUUUCAGAACACCUCUAGAACAGCUCAGUUUUAACUGUUCUAGUUUCAGAACACCUCUAGAACAGCUCUGUUUUAACUCUGUUCUAGAAUUCUAGUUUCAGAACAGCUCUACAUUGUUCUAAAAGUAGAAUUCUAGUUUCAGUUGGUUUUCUAACUGCUUUACUGUGACUCUAAAACAGGGUCUUUCUCUCUAAAACACUGAAUAAUGAUAUUCAAGGCUUUUUAAAGUAUUGUCAAGCUUUCUUAGACAUACAGUUGUCUUUACUAGAUAAUGGAAGAGGAUUGUCGUUGACAUUUGAAGUAUUAUUGGUAAUGCAACGUUUGAAAUUGAUUGGUUGAAAUGUUUGACAAAAAAAACAUAUAUAUAUAUUUUUGUUGAUUUAAGUGGUAAAAUGAAGACUAUGUAAGGGAAGACAUAUUUUCAGAGUGAAAGAUUAUUUAUCUUGCCUUUAUGUUGGUCAGUUCUGCCAGUGGGUAUAUCUAUCUGGCAUGAAUAUUACAAUGACUGUUGAUGCUGUAAUGCCUGCCUCUCCAUUUCCAUUUGUGUUAAGUUGAUUGGGACAUGCUCAGACAUGCUCAUUUCAAAUGAUGACUUGAUUAAAUAUGAAUCCUGA